CCAAAAUCCAACUUUCCCUCGAGAAAACGUUUCCUUUUCUCUUUCCUCCUUCGGAAUAGCAACGUCUCUUAUUUUGUCCCUCCAGAAAAGAAAGAAAUCCGGAACCCUCUCUGUUUUGUCUCGAGACUGCGCCGUAAAUGGCGAAGGGUUCGAAACGGAAGGUCAAGGAGGUCGAUGAAUCCAUUGAUUCAGAGUCCGAAACUCAAAACGGAGGUUUGACUACUUUGUUGGAUCCUCAAUCGAAAAAAGCCCGAAAGGUUGUGCCCGACUCCGACCUCUGUUUCGUCGGCCCACCCAUUUCGGCCGGUGAAGCCCGACGACGAUGGCCACUGAGAUAUCAGUCAAACAAUAAGGUUAAGAAGCAGACUGUAACUGAGACUUCAAAUGAUGAGGAGAAAGAGGUACUACAAGCAAGGAAUCAUUAUGCAGAGGCUAUGGUUGAUGGCUGUCUCUACAAAUUGGGUGAUAAUGCUUAUGUUAAGGCGGAAGAUGGCAAUCUUGAUUAUAUUGCUAGAAUUGUUGAAUUGUUUGAAACAAUUGAUUUAGAGUCAUUUUUUAAAGCGCAGUGGUUUUAUAGGGCUGAAGAUACGGUUAUUAACAAGGAUAAUGUCCAUUUGAUUGAUAAGAGACGUGUGUUUCUCUCGGACAUCCAUGAUGACAAUCCAUUGAAAUGUAUCAUAUCCAAAGUAGAAAUUGCUCAAGUUGCAGCAGAUAAUGACUUGGUUGCAAUGGAGAGAAAAAUCCCGCAAUCUGGUUUUUAUUACAAUAUGAAGUAUCCUUAGUCCUUACCGCACUUAACAUUUAAAAAUAUAUUCAUCGAAACUUCAAAAAGAGAUAGUGAUACAUCAUCAGAAGUUUCUGAUGAAUGUGGCUCAAGCGAGUGUGGUUCAAGUAAUACUACUUCAAAAGUUCGGAGGUUUGAUAAGUCACAGAAAUAUUUGCUAGAUUUAUAUUCUGGUUGUGGGGCCAUGUCCACCGGCCUUUGCAUGGGGGCCUCCUUAUCUGGUGUUAAGAUAGUCACAAGGUGGGCUGUCGACAUAAAUUCCUAUUCUUGUAAAAGUUUGCAAUGGAAUCAUCCUGAAACUAAGGUGAGAAAUGAAGCAGCAGAGGAUUUUUUGUGUUUACAAGAGUGGCAAAAGUUAUGCCAAAAGUUCUCAUUGCUUGAAUCAGACAAACCACUUAAAAAUGGUUAUAGUGAAACUAGUGAUGAAGAGAAUAAUGGUGACAAAGGAUAUGAAGAAGAAGAACAAGAACAAGAACAGGAACAAGAAAAAGAAAGAGAAGAUGAUAGUGGCUCUGAUGAUUCCUCUGAAGAAUUUGAAGUUGAGAGAUUAUUGGGUAUUUGUUUUGGUGAUCCUAAUAAAAUGAAGAAGCAGGGAUUGUAUUUUAAGGUGCGUUGGAAAGGUUAUGAUGCAAGUUAUGAUACUUGGGAGCCUAUUAAGGGGUUGAGUAAUUGUCAAGAAAAACUGAAGGAAUUUGUGAACAAAGGGCACAAGUCAAACAUAUUGCCUUUGCCUGGAAGUGUUUAUUUUAUAUGUAGAGGGCCCCCAUGUCAAGGCGUGAGUGGGUUUAAUCGUUUUAGAAACCCAAAUGCACCAUUAGAGGAUGUAAAAAGUAAGCAGUUAGUUGUAUAUAUGGACACUAUAGAGCAUUUAAAACCAAAAUAUGUAUUAAUGGAAAACGUUGUGGACAUAUUGAAGUUUGCUAAGGGUUUUUUGGGACGGUAUGCCAUAGGCCUUUUAGUUUCCAUGAAUUAUCAAGCUAGGAUGGGGACGAUGGCUGCGGGAUCUUAUGGGGUUCCACAGUUUAGAAUGAGGGUUUUUCUGUGGGGUUCGCAUCCUUCAGAGAAAUUGCCUCAAUAUCCAUUGCCAACUCAUGAGGUUAUUGCUAGAGGAGCUGUUCCAAAUGAGUUUGAGGAAAUACAUGUUACAUAUGAUAAAGAAGGUUCUUGUCAGUUGGAAAGCACUCUUAAUCUUGGUGACGCAAUUUCUGAUCUUCCACAAGUUAGCAACGAUGAGAGUCAAGAUCAAAGGAAGUAUGGGGCGACUGCACUUACAGAAUUGCAAAAAUUUAUUAGAUUGCAAAGGAAAGAUGUCAUAAAUUUAGCAGUUGAUGCUCGACAUGCAUCAUCCUCAGGAAUGUUUGAUCAUCAGCCCUUGCAAUUGACUGCUGAUGAUUGUGAACGUGUUUGCCGCAUUCCCAAAAAGAAGGGAGUGAACUUCAGGGACCUACUUGGUGUAGUAGUUAAUGAAAAUAAUACGGUAGAGGGGGACACAACGAUGGACAGAGUGAUGCUCAAAUCUGGGAAACCAUUGGUGCCAGAUUAUACCAUGAAGUUUGUUAAAGGGAGGUCAACCAAGCCAUUUGGUCGUUUGUGGAUGGAUGAAAUUGUUAACACAGUGGUAACAAGGGCUGAACCUCACAAGCAGAACGUCGUUCAUCCUUUCCAAGACAGGGUACUCACAAUCCGCGAGAAUGCCAGAUUACAGGGUUUCCCAGACUGCUAUAAGCUCUUUGGGACUACAAAGGAGAGAUACAUACAAGUUGGAAAUGCGGUUGCUGUUCCAGUUGCUAUUGCAUUGGGAUACGCAUUUGGUUUGGCAUGCCAAGGAUUAUCUGAUGACGAGCCUUUGAUGGCCCUUCCUUUCAAGUUUCCAAAUUGUCUUGCUCGGUCUUCACAAAUGGGAGAUGAUUCUGAUUGAGGAAGUUCCAAGCAAAUACCAUUUGGUACUUUUGCUUGAAUGCGGAAGCACACCACAGUGUCGGUUUCCUUCAACACGAUCGAGCAGCUUCUUUCAUGGUUCCCACUUCCCACUACAUCUUGCUGUUAGAAUGAGAUUAUUAGGUU